CGUCAUUUAUAUUCCGCUCCUGCUACGUGAACUCGAUAUCGAUCGAGCGCAUGGAUUCCGGCGAGCCGCCCCGGCGGACCAACUUCCUGCCGCUCCAGCUCCAGUUUCUCGAGAAGAAGGAGCUCGUCGACUCCUGCUCCACCUCUGCGGCGUCCUCGUUCCCGUCCCCGCUCGCCAUCUGCGCCGCCGCCGGGCGCGACGAGAACAGCAACGACGGUGCCGCGGAUAAUUCUCAGCCGGAGGAGGCCCCUCGGAGCAAGCCGCCCACGAAGCGGAGCUCCACCAAGGACCGCCACACGAAGGUGGACGGCCGAGGGCGGCGCAUCCGCAUGCCGGCGCUCUGCGCCGCCCGCGUCUUCCAGCUCACCCGCGAGCUCGGACACAAGUCCGACGGCGAGACCAUCGAGUGGCUCCUCCAGCAGGCUGAGCCGGCUGUGAUCGCCGCCACCGGAACCGGUACUAUCCCCGCCAAUUUCACCUCUCUCAACAUCUCCCUCCGCAGCUCCGGCUCCUCCUCCUUCUCCGCCCCCAACUCCUACUCCUCCGCCGCCGCGGCGCCUCUAUCCGGCUACCCCCUCGGUUUCCGAAGCGAGUGGGACUUCUCGGGGACGACGACGGCGUCUUCUUCCUCCUCCUCUGUUACUCCCUUGCUCCUCAGCUUCGGUACUUCCAGCGCUUUUAUCGAAUCCGCAGCACCGGUGAGCUCCGACACCGCCGACCUGGCCAACGCCAGGAAGCGGCGGUGGGAAGAAGAGUUAGUGCGCCGCCGCCGCCACCACCACGAACCACCACAGAACAUUAAUCAACCCAUGGCACAGCCUGGCAGAGUGUGGAUGGCCGUGGCAAACCCUAACAACCAACAACCCGCCAUCAUUACCACUAGCAUCACUAAUGCUGAUCAAUCACCGACAACUUGGUCAUUCCCAAACGUCGCCGCCGCCGCUUCCGCCUCCAGCGCCACCGCGGCCGUCUUCAGGGGAGCGCUCCCCGGCGGGCUUCAGUACUUCAUGAACUUCCCCCAGCCGCCCGCCGCCCCCGUGGCGGUGCUGCCGGCAGCUGCUCCGCAACACGGAGAGGGACACAUGGGGAUCCUGGCGGCGUUCAACGCCUACCGACCCCCGACGACCAACGCCUCCUCGCCGGCGUCUUCCCACCAGAGCCAGUGAACGAGUACGUACAUACUGCGAUCGCAUGCACGUAGUAGUAGAGUAUCAUUUAAUUUCUUCCCUGUCUAUUAAUUAAUUUGCGGCAUGCAAUUCUAUGGAGACCAUGCAUUUCA